GCGUCGAGGCGUAGCAACAAGCUGAAGGUCCAGCUGGGCAGUGCCAAAGACACGGCUGCGCACGCCGUAGCCCUCGCGAAGUCGCAAUCGGCUGCUGAGCAGUCGGCUGCUCUGGGUGAGCGAGCGGUCGAGCUUGCGACACACGCGCGAACAGUACAGGAGCAUGCUGCACGGCUGUCGGGCGAGAGCGCGAACUGCUUGCAAGUCCUGGAACGCCUGCAACAUGCGUGUGAUAUGGAACUCCAGGCUCAGCAUGCGCUGGUGCAAGCCGUGGACCUCCUUUUGUGUGAGGCAAUGCAGGCUGUGCUUCGUGGGGAGAGGGGUCCAGGCAUUGGCUUGGCGCCUCUUGGCAGGUCCGUGGGGGAUGCCACAGCUCCGGAAUUGCCGGCACAGUCAGAGGCCCUAACAGGGGACUUCGACAGCCUGCUGCAAGCCCGGCAUCCAUCAGGCGAUUACUUAUCAGCCGCACGUGCACAUUCGCGGCGUGGUGAAGACGUGGCCCAGGAUGCGGCCCGAGCAGUGCAGGUAGCUAAGGAGCAGCUGGAGCAGCAAAUGGGCCCAUUUGCCCGCCAAAUGGACGAUGCGGCCACGGCUUUGGCUGCAAUCUCAUCAGCGCGGACAGCCCAGUGCGACAACCUGCGAACAAGAGCUGAUGCAGCGGCAGUGUGUGUUGCCCGUGCCCGCUCCAAGUUGGCUGCGCAGCGGGCUGCACGCGAUUCAGCGGCUGCAGAGAAGUACAGUCGAGCAGCCGAGGGUUGGGCAAAGCAAGCAGAAAAGCUGAGGAAGGAGGCGUUGGUCACAUCCGCAGCUGCCGAGGAAAUGGGUAGCAGGGGCCAGGCCAUUGCAAGGCUUGGAGCGCGCCUGCGGCCGAUCCAGGAGGCCUUGGACGAGUACUUGGACCAGCAGCUUGAAGCCUGGGCUGCUGCUGCGCUCUCUCGUAUCCAAGCUUGCGGAUUGAGGGGAUAGCCGCAGAUGGUGGCCAGAUAAAACUGCAUCUCUUUUGGUGCCGGGUCAGCAAGCUGUGGUUUAGCAAUAACGCAAUACCAGCUCUUGUCAGCUCAUAGAUUGUACAUCCUUAUCAUUACAGGUUUAUUGAUGCAUAGGCAAGUUAUUGAUUGAUUGUGACAUGGUUAGCCAACAUGGCCUAACGUGGCUACAAACGUCCAUAUGCAUCCCCCUUGUCCAUUAUUGAUUCAGACUUUCCUACCUGUCCAUUUCGUUUGGACUGUCCAAGUAAAGUGUAGAGCUCAUGGUAAGCAGUGCCACUGUUGAGGUGACGCCACGAUGUCGCGCGGGUAUCUAGUAUACCGGGAAGCGUCGGGAAGCGAGUGGCUUUCGGGCUAUCCUUUCUAGCGUAUAUGUAAAUACACCCAUGAG